GCGCGCUGGGCGUGAUGUGCGGCUGCUGCUACCGGCUGAGCGCGCUGAGCUUCCUGGUGCCCUACUGGUACGUGCUGCUGCUGGACAAGGCCAGCUGGAACAACCACUCCUACCUGUACGGGCUGCUGGCCUUCCAGCUCGCCCUGCUCGGCGCCGACCGAUACGGCUCCAUCGAUGGCCUCUUCCGCCCGCAGAAGCGCAACGCCCACGUUCCCCUCUGGAACUACACCCUGCUACGCGCCCAGAUCUUCAUCGUCUACUUCAUCGCGGGGCUGAAGAAGCUGGAUGCCGACUGGGUGGGCGGGUACUCCAUGGGGUCACUGGCGCGGCACUGGCUCUUCUCCCCGUUUCGGCUGGUGCUGUCGGAGGAGAUGACGAGCCGGCUGGUGGUGCACGGCGGGGGGCUGGCGCUCGACCUCUCCGCCGGGUUCCUGCUCUUCUUCGACGCCACGCGGCCGCUCGGCCUCGUCCUCGUCACCUACUUCCACGCCAUGAACUCCCAGCUCUUCAGCAUCGGGAUGUUCUCCUACACCAUGCUGGCCAGCAGCGGGCUGUUCUGUGACCCGUCGUGGCCGCGCCGGCUCUGCGCCCGCUGCCCGCGCUGGGUGCGGGGGGUGCUGCCCAGCACCGAGCCCCCCCGCCACAGCCCUGACUGUCACUAUGGGGGCCGGGGGGACGCGCGGCGCCCCACGCUCCAGCAGCAGCUGGCGGCCGCCUUCACGCUGCUCUACGUGCUGGAACAGCUCUUCCUGCCCUACUCCCACUUCAUCACCCAGGGCUACAACAGCUGGACCAACGGGCUCUACGGGUACUCGUGGGACAUGAUGGUGCACUCCCGCUUCCACCAGCACGUCAAGAUCACGUACCGGGAUGGGCUCACCGGGGAGGUGGGCUACCUGAAGCCAGGGGUGUUCACGCAGACCCGGCGCUGGAAGGACCACGCCGACAUGCUGAAGCAGUACUCGCUGUGCCUGAGCCGCAUCCUGCCCCAGUACAACGUGUCCCAGCCCCAGAUCUACUUCGACAUCUGGGUGUCCAUCAACGACCGCUUCCAGCAGAGGUUGGUGGACCCACGGGUGGACCUGGUGCGGGCGGAGUGGUCCCCGUGGCACCCCACGCCGUGGGUGCUGCCGCUGCUGCUGGAGCUGUCGCCGUGGAGGGAGAAGCUGCAGGAGCUGGAGAGCGGCCUGGACGGACACACGGACGUGGUCUUCAUCGCUGACUUCCCCGGUUUGCACCUGGAGAACUUUGUCAGCGAGGACCUGGGCAACACCAGCGUGCGCGUGCUGCGGGGCGAGGUGCUGCUGGAGCUGGUGGAGCAGGGCCAGAACCACAGCCUGCACCAGGGCGACAGCAUGCAGGUG